AUGCGGGCGGUGCAAGAAACCGCUAAAUCCUAUGGCAUUCCUUUCAUCGAAACUUCUGCCAAAACGCGCAUGGGCGUCGACGAUGCGUUUUAUACACUAGUUCGCGAAAUCCGGAAAUAUAAGGAGAAGGUUGCGAAGGACAGCAAAAAGCGAAAAGCCCGGAAAACCAAAGACAAGUCGAACAGCAGAAGAGGCUGCGAAAUUCUGUAA